UGAAAAUGAAAAGAGAACCCUGAUGGAAUGAUAUCAAUUCUUGAAAUCUUCACGAGAAGCCCGGAGGAGAGGAGAGGCGAGGCAAGCCAAAUUUUCUCAGGCAACAACUCUCUCGCCAUAACAGUCGAAACCUUAUUGCCGCCCCAUCCGUCGACGUCUUCCCAGUCCAGUAUCGAACAUCCAAUUCUAUUCAACCUUGCCAAUUUUUAUGUUUUUGUCGUCGUAUUUAUCUUCAUACGCAUCUGUUUGCACGGGAAGCUCAUAUAACUUUUUUCUGAGAGCUAAAUCUUUCCUGCUACUAUACAAUUCUAACCAUUUAACUCUAUCUCCUGGAGCGUUCAUGCAAUUAUAAUACCAACUGCUGCUCUGGUCGUCGGUAUUUUUUUCUUCGGAUGAUAACCGCCGAUUUAACAGCCUAGCUACGAAAGGGUCCAACCUAUUGGACGUUUGUUGUUGUCCUCAGACCCCCUCAGUUGCGCUCACUUACUGUCAAAAACCUCAACCGGCUCAGCUUUUCUCCUAUGGGAUUACAAGUCCGUUUUUAACAGCUUGCAGCGAAGCUCGACGGUGCUCUUCCUGCAGCUGCAGUCAAUAUCAUUCCGCAGAUAGCGGAAGACCUUUUACUACUUCCAUUGCGGACUAGAGUCAUUAAUUCAAUCGCCUAAAGCCUUCUCCAGGACUACAAUUAUCAAGAUUAAGUACCGAAGACAUUUUCUGCGAUUACAUCAUCAAUCUUCACGCACUUUAGGUCGCUUUGUUACAAGUAUAACCUUCAAAAGAAUGUCACUGGGCACGAGGAUAAAUGGCUACAUCCGUGAAGGUAGUCAACGCGCUCGCGGACUUAUUCUUCUUCAGCCCUCUCGUUCUCUCACCCGUGGUGUGUUAGAUGGGCCUAGACGGAUAAUUGACCCGGAUUCUGGCCAAGUGUCCCGCGAAACGACUUCACGGGAGCUUCAAGUCUCGGAGUAUCAUUGGGAUGAUCAGUUUGAGUAAGUUUUGAGUACUUCACCGUCCUGAUUUCCUCUGAAAUUUACAAAACAGCAACUAACAGACCUUCAGUGAACUUCUAGAAGCAUAUUGGGAAGAAUCUGAUGACGAUAAAGAAGUCACCGCUAAAGAAGCAAUUCUUGCACAAUCUAAACGCAAGAAACGCCGUGUUCCACGUUUGAUUCAACUUUCAGUUGAUACAAUUCUGAAGAAUAUUGGUGACGUUACAUAUGAAAAGAUUCAGUAUAUGCCUUCGCUACAACUCGAGUUUCUCUGGCGUGAGUUGUCCAAGAGGUUAGUUCGAAUCUUGUAUCCUUGCCGUGAAUUGAGUUUCUUUAUAAGAAACUCUCAUAAGCGGCAUCACUGCACACCUUAUCUUAAAGACUUUACAUACCAAGUAUCGGGACCUUGCACUGACGUUUUUAUCGUAGAUGUGUUAAUAGUUUUAAUACUUGGAAAGCUUUCUCAAAGGCCCUCGACCGACACGAAGGUGCCAUUCUAAACCAAUUUCGUUAUUGUGGUUCUAUUCCAGAGCCAGUUCCGUCCUUAUCUAUCUAUACUAAGCCACUUAGUUCAACAAGUUUCGACUUUCUCGUGCACUUAUCCAUUACGACUGCUUUCAAAACGUCGGAUCUGGUUGAAUUAUCUGCAAUGACUAAUCUAGUAGCACUCGAGAUUGUCAAUCCUAAGCAUGUCCAUCAUUCCAGGAAUACCGGUAAAUUGUUCGACACCAGCUUCGGUGACAGGGUAAUAAAAACCUGGAGUGAAGGAGCAAUUAGUGGAAAGGCGUUCCAAGUACUGAGGAUCUUAAAGCUCCGGGAUUUUGAAGAAAUUACAAACAAUUGCUUCCAGUACCUAAACCGCUUUCCAGCUUUAGCUGUUUUCGAUGUUCUUGACUGCGAUUUCAAUGGAUUGGCUCAACUUGGAGCUGAAAGACUUGGCUGGGAAGUUCAUCCUGAUGGAGGUUUGCUUGAAAUUUUACAGUCAGACUGUGUGAAGCACAUUAUGGCUUUGCGCAAUACUCUUGGUCUUCCUGUAAGUCAAUUCAUUGAUUCCAGAACCCCUUUUUUCCUCCAAAGGAUCUCGGUAAUGGUUUGAGCACGGACCUUUGUGUUCAAAAUUCCUUCAAACUUAACUCGAGCAAUAUGGGACCGAACAAACAAUUAGUAACAACAAUGUUUACAGGUCAGACCAAUUCGAAGGUCCGCUGCAAAGCCUUUGCGGGACAAAGCCAAGAUUACAAUUAUUCCCCGACCAAAUUUAUCAGCCUUUCUUACUGGAGAUCCGACUUCCUCUUCAACACCAGCACGGAAUAGAGCGUACCUGGACGCUGAACAGCAAGUUAGAGUGAUGGAGCAAACCCCUGCUGGACGGGAGAAGCUGAGGCGUACUGGCUUUUCGCACUUCGAAGCUGUGGAUUAUAUAAGUCGUAAAAAAAUUCGCGAGCUUGAAACCUGGGAAUUCCGCACACUCACCUCUCUCAAUCGUAUCAGUGAACUUCGCAAUGACGAGGACUUCCGCGCUGCUGGUCUAGAAGUUGGUGAUUCAAUACCUAUUGUCUGUGGUGAAAUAAUAUCUGCUGUUCCUGUAGCUUCUCUUCGUCUUGGUCCAGAGCUAUCAUAUACACCAUCACGCGCAGACUUACACCAGCCAUUCUAUGAUGGAGGAAUGAGUGAUAGAUCGCUCAAAUACACUUGCAGGAAGGUCGGAGCAAAGGGAUAUGUAUAUACUCGUAUCAAAAUCCCUAUCGCUAGAACCAGGACAAGAGAGCAAGCUGAAGGGCAGGAUGAAGGAAAGACGGUUGACAAAGCUGGUGGCUCGGGAUCUAGGCGAGCUAAGCGUAGGAUAAUUAAGGGGGAGAAGAGACAGCAAAUAGGUGAUCUUUUGGCGGGCGUAAUGGGAGUUAUUUAAGCGCUAAAGAUAUUUUCCUAGUUAAACGGUGGGCUUUUGCGUUUAGUGGCGCUCUAAAAUCAUAUUCUAGGGCUCUUACAGGCUUUUUUUGAAGAGUUUCUAGCUGCUCCAGAGCUUUUAGGGUUUUCAAAUUUGUGGAGUAAGAAGAUACCCAAGUUAUACUGUAUGAUAUAGCUUGAAUGAUACCAAAUGAUAUUUUAUAGUGAAUUUUGCAUGAGAUGGCAU